CUUCCGGUGGAGCAGGGAUUGGCCUAGGCGGCUGCUACUCUCGGGCCGGGGAGAUGCUGCUGGGGAGCAUGACCCGGGGAGGCCGGGCGGGGACACGCUGGCUCUCCAGCUGGAACUGCUGCCAGAGGCUUCCUGGAGGAGACUACGUUCUACACAGGCACCAUGCCAGAACAGGAGCCAGUGAUGGCCACAGAGAAUUAGGGACAGACAAUGUAGAGGGGGGCUCCCAAGCAGAUGCAAAUGACACGAGGCAGCCCAAGGCCUCCCUGCCCAGCAGGGGCCCCUUAGAACCCCCAUACUCUCUGCCAUCUGAGCUCCAGCCCCCCACAAACUGCUGCAUGAGUGGCUGCCCCAACUGCGUGUGGGUGGCAUAUGCAGAGGCUCUGCUACAGCACUACCAGGACGGCGGGGAGCGGGCCCUGGCUGCCCUGGAGGAGCAUGUGGAAGAUGAGAACCUCAAGGCCUUCCUCAGGAUGGAGAUCCAGCUCCACAUGCAGGGCAGGGACUGAGCCGGUCUGCCACAGGUGCCUUUGCCCUGCAGAGAUGCUGGAUGAACAGCUCCUGCUCAUGAAGCUCGCCUGGUGCCCGCUUUGUGGGCUCGAUGUAUCUUCUGGGAAUAAGAUUUUACCUGAAAAUAAAUAAAUCCUCCAUGAUG